AUGGAUUCAGAGUUUCUACAAUAUGAGUUAGACUAUUACCCAGUCUCCAUCUACCAGUUUAUGUGUGUUCCACUUGCUUUAAUAUUCUACCACCUCUCCAUCACAGGGCACCUGUCUUUAACUGCAAGAUACAUUUUCCUUCUGUUUGGAGGGUCUCUUAUGGCAGUUGUUUCUAUGGGGCCCUAUGCCAUGCUGGUACUCCUACCUGCUGUUCUCUCAAUGAUACUCAUACACUCUCUGGAGCCCAGGAGUGUCCACAGAUGGACCUUCCUCACUCAGAUGACAUGGCUGACCCUCUGCCAUCUUUGGCUGCACUAUAAAGAAUAUUAUCUGCAAGAAGCAGCGGACAUUAAAUACUCAAUAGCACUGUCAAGUCUGAUGCUGUUAACACAAAGAAUAACAUCAACGUCAUUAGAUAUUCAUGAAGGUAAAAUCACAACUCCAAUAAGAAUUAUGCAACAGAACCACCUGGAAUAUGAAUUGCUUCAUAGUUUUCUGUCAUAUCUUAGCUAUAUGCUGAAUUUUCCUGCACUAUUUGGUGGGCCUUUGUUCACUUUUAAAAUGUUCAAAACUCACAUGGAAAAUCUUAAAAGAGCUGAUCGUAAAUGCAUAACCAGCCCCUUGUGGCCUUUUGUAAAAAAGUGCAUUUUAUUUCUUCUCUUGUCGAAGUUGAGGAUAUUUGUAAGAAAUUCUAUUCGUGACCAAGGGCCCCUUCAAUGGAAUGCUCCUAUAGACAUUUUACUGAUUUGGAUUACAGCUUUAAUGUUCAGAUUAGCAUAUUACUCACAAUGGCUUCUCAAUGAAUCUCUUAACCAUUUAAUUGGUUUGGGUUUGGAAAACACAAAGUCUGAAAAAACGACACUCUCCGAUACUGAUAUCUGGACACUUGAAACAACCACUCAGAUAUCCGUGUUUGCUCGAACGUGGAAUAAAACAACAGCUGACUGGCUGAGGAGGAUUGUGUUUCAACAAUGCAAAGUUCAGCCUCUGCUGGCAACCUUUGCAUUUUCAGCAUGGUGGCAUGGUCUGCAUCCAGGACAGAUCUUUGGAUUCAUCCUGUGGGCUCUGGCAAUUCAAGCAGACUAUCAUAUUCACCGACAUGUGGAUUCUCUUAUUGUGAGAUCAAGGCUUCUGAGAUUUUUCUAUAGACCUGUGGCGUGGCUACAAACCCAGCUGGUAAUUGCAUAUAUUUUGGUAGCUGUGGAACUGCGGAGCUUUACCUGUGUGUUGCUACUUUCGAUGGGCCCGGCCAGCAGCAAUCCCUGGGGCACACCUCCAAUCGCAGGCCUCCAGCCUGAAAAACAACCUUUCGCCACCACCUUCUGCUUUGAAGCCAAUUCUGUGUUCAGCCAACAUGUCCUUGUCAAAGGCCUUACAUGUAAUUCACUUCUGCUGCCCUGCGCUCACUGA